UUUUGUGUGCUAAUUUUUCUUUGUAUAUACAAUAAAGUAAGUAAAUUUAAUUUAAUUAUAAAAUUAGCCAACACCCUUCAAUUUUGCUCGUCCUUUAUGUUUUGAAAAGUCGCAAAUAAACAACAAUUCAGUCCAAGAAACUUCUCCGAUAUUUCGUGCUCUUUAAAAUUCUUUGGCUUUGAUGUCUGAAUCGAACCGAUUUUGGGUUCAAUUUUGUUUGUAGCGUGCUGUGGAAGUAGUUUACUAGUGGUGGGUUUUUACUUAGGGUUUGGUGAAUGAUUUUAAUGGACGACGGUGGCUGUGGUGCGUUUUGGGGGUGGGCGGAUGAUGAGAUUAAAGGCGGCGAUGGAGGAGAUAAUAUGUUGUUUGAUCUUGAUGAGUUAACAAACUUGCUUGAAGAGCAAUUUGAUCCUAAUCAGAGUAGUGAAGAUGUUUAUCCAGAUAAGAACUGUAAGGUUGAGCCAGCUACUAAUUCUGGCGAUCCAAGUAACUUUCAGCUUCAAAAUGGGUUUCAGAUGUUUGAUGGACGAUCUGCAUUGCAAUCUGAAACUAAAGAAAUUGAUAUGUUUUAUCGGACGAACAAUCUGGAUGCAACAACUGGGGAUUUGCUUUCUUCUUUUGAUAAUCCAGGGAGCUCUAUCACAGCCUUUGAUGGUGCAAAUAUGGAUCUUGCAUCACAUGUUAGCUAUCCUGUGCAUACCUGUCCUGGAAGUUUAAAACAGUCGGUUUCGCCAGUUAGCAGGGAUCAAGAAGAAAAGAGGGUUGGUGUCCUGCAGUACGAGAUUCCCAGUUGCAGUACAACAUCUAGCUUCGCUGAGGGUGAAUUUACUCAUGUUUCAGAUGAUACUGGCAAUUUUGAUUUAAACUCUUUUUUGGAUGAAACUGGAACUCAGCUCAUGCAUGCAGGAGGGAACAACCACUCCAUAGAUACUUCACAUGAGCGUUAUUUGGACAUGUUGGAUGACAAGUCAGGAUAUGAUGAUGAAAAUAGCUUAAGGUGUUCAGGCCCUGAAAGUGAUAUGUAUAGAUCUACUGAUACGUCCUUGGAGGACACGGAUCUUUCUUUUCAUGAUGUAGCUACUGCUCAUUCUACCUUUUAUCCUAAUUCUGGCGUUGAUAGUGAAUUAGAUGUGCAUAGUUCAGCUGUGCAGUAUGGAAUCAAUUGUGAUGAUACAUAUUUUGUGAAUUCACCAUGUUAUAAUAUGGCUGAAGAUUUCAGUUUUGAGUUAUUGCCUUGCAAUGAAACAGAGGUGCUUCCAACUGAAAGUUCAUGUUCUGCAUCUGAGAUCUCAAUGAUUAAUUACUGUAAUGACAAGAGAUUGAAUUUAAAUAGUAAAGGUACUAACUGUAUGUCACCCAGCAGUGGGAAUUUUUUGUCGAAUGCUGAUGAUAGGCUUGUUGAUGAUAAGUUGACGGGAAUGCCUUUCAGAACCUGUAUCCAGUCAGCCAUCAGCAGGCAACCAGUGGUAAUAGAGGAUGAAAAAGCUGCAGAAGCAGUUGCGUCUAGAAGGAAGAUGAACCAUGCUAAUGUAAUGACUAACAAAUUUGCCAAUAGGAAAUUUUUUCGUAGGGAGGAAAGUACUUAUGUUGAGGAAGAUUUUAAGCAAUCUUCUUCUGUAGUUUCAUCUUCCAUUCCAAGCCGGGAAAAAUUUAUCCAGGCGAAGGAGGAUAAUGCAUUUAUGAGAUCUCAAGUCAAUGGAAUUUCUCGAAAAUUAUAUCUUAAUGGUGCUUGUUUGAAUUCUAAUGCUUCACAACAUUUUCUGUCUUGUGCUGAAGAAUCAAAUGUAAACAAGCAUAUGAGCAGUGUUAAGCAUGAAGGAGAUAUUAAACUUAUUCAACCAAAGCGCUUGGGUCAUCUAUCAAGUGUUAGCCAUGAAUCAGUUCAGAGUAAUUUGUCUGGUAGCAAAGUCCAUGUUGAUGAUGACUCUGACAUUUAUAUUCUUGAAGAUAUCAGUCAACCUGCUCGCUACCAUUCUCCUGCUUUAGGAAAGGUCAAUGCUCCUAUCCAACAUUCUUCAUAUGGUGCUUCUAGUCAACACACUGGAAUUGUAACUACAAGGCCUAAGACUAAUGACGAGCGUUUAGUGUUUCGAGCUGCAUUGCAGGAUAUUUCUCAGCCAAAAUCUGAAGCUAGUCCGCCAGAAGGUCUUCUGUCUGUACCUCUUUUGAGACACCAGCGAAUUGCUUUGUCUUGGAUGGUUCAGAAGGAAACUUCUAGUAUGCACUGUUCAGGAGGGAUCCUUGCAGACGAUCAGGGAUUAGGGAAGACUGUAUCUACAAUUGCUCUUAUACUAAAGGAAAGACCCCCAUCUGUUAAAGCAGGUGUGCAGGUUAUUAAGAAAGAAGAGUUUGAAACGUUGAAUUUGGAUGAUGAUGAUGAUGAGGUUGCUGAGGUUGGUAGAAUAAAAGAAGUGGCUGACAGUUGCCAAGUUACGCCAUAUCCAGGUUUGAAAAAAAGUACAAGUAACUUUGGGAAGUCUGAGAGAAAGCCUCUGGCAGGAACUCUUGUUGUUUGCCCAACAAGUGUUCUACGGCAGUGGGCUGAGGAGUUAGAUAAAAAGGUAACCAGGAAAGCUAAUAUCUCUGUUCUGGUAUACCACGGAAGCAAUCGAACAAAGGAUCAUUGUGAGUUAGCCAAGUAUGAUGUUGUUCUAACAACGUAUUCAAUUGUUAGCAUGGAGGUCCCAAAGAAGCUUCUUGGUGAUAAAGAUGAUGAUGAGAAAAGAAAAGAAGGUGAUGAUGUAACAUCCAUGGGGCUUUCAUCUUGUAAAAAACGGAAAUAUCCUCCUAGUUCUGGCAAAAAAGGUCCUAGGAAUAAGAAGGGAAUGGAUGCAGCGUUACUUGAGUCUGCUGCUCGACCCCUUGCAAAAGUGGUAUGGUUUAGGGUCGUUCUUGAUGAGGCCCAGAGCAUCAAGAAUCACAGAACUCAAGUGGCUAGGGCCUGUUGGGGUCUUCGUGCAAAGCGUAGGUGGUGCUUGUCUGGAACUCCUAUCCAGAAUUCAGUAGAUGAUCUUUAUAGCUACUUCAGAUUUCUCAGAUAUGACCCUUAUGCUAUCUACAAUUCAUUCUGCUCAACAAUAAAGAUUCCAAUUCAAAAGAGUCCAACAAAAGGGUUCAAAAAGUUGCAAGCUGUUUUGAAAACAAUAAUGCUUCGCCGCACGAAAGGGACUCGUAUUGAUGGGGAACCAAUAAUCAACCUACCGCCCAAAGUAGUAGAACUGAAGAAAGUGGAUUUUACCGAUGAAGAGCGUGACUUCUACACACAACUAGAGAGUGAUUCACGUGCACAAUUCAGAGAAUAUGCAGCUGCUGGAACGGUCAAGCAAAAUUAUGUGAACAUCUUGUUGAUGCUGUUACGUCUUCGUCAAGCUUGCGAUCACCCCCUUCUUGUUAGGGGUAUAGAUUCAAAUUAUUUGGGGAGAUUUUCAAUAGAGAUGGCAAAGAAGCUUCCUAGGGAAAAACAGAUGUGCCUUCUGAAUUGUCUGGAAGCAUCUUUGGCGAUCUGUGGCAUCUGCAAGGAUCCACCAGAAGAUGCUGUUGUUUCAAUUUGUGGUCAUGUUUUCUGCAAUCAGUGCAUAUGUGAACAUCUGACUGGUGAUGACAACAUAUGCCCUACUUCAAAAUGCAAAGUUCGACUGAAUACAUCAUGUGUCUUUUCCAAAGCUACAUUAAACAGCUGCCUUUCUGAUCAGCCUGCCCAAGAUGGUUUUGGCUCUGAACUUGGGGGGGAGCCCAAGCCUUAUUCAGAGGAUAUUUCAUAUGACUCUUCAAAAAUUAGGGCUGCACUUGAAGUCCUGCAAUCACUGAGCAAGCCGCAGGGCUAUAAAGCUACAAAUGGUUCCUUAGAUGAUGAAACUGAUAAGAGAAAUAUACUUGUGGAUGAAAAUGUUAAUGGUUUGGUAAAGGUAGUUGGUGAUAAGGCCCUAGUGUUUUCGCAGUGGACAAAAAUGUUAGAUUUGCUUGAAGCUGGUCUUAAAAGUUCCUCUCUUCAGUACCGAAGACUUGAUGGAACAAUGUCAGUUGUUGCUAGAGACAAAGCUGUGAAAGAUUUUAAGACGCUUCCUGAGGUCACAGUGAUGAUUAUGUCUUUGAAAGCUGCUAGUCUUGGACUGAAUAUGGUUGCAGCUUGCCAUGUUAUACUUCUGGACUUAUGGUGGAAUCCAACUACUGAAGACCAGGCAAUUGAUAGAGCACAUCGCAUAGGGCAGACUCGUCCUGUUACUGUUUUGCGUUUAACUGUGAAAGAUACUGUUGAAGAUCGUAUUUUGGCUCUUCAGCAAAAAAAGAGGGUGAUGGUUGCGUCUGCAUUCGGAGAGGAUGAAAGCGGCGGUCAACAGACUCGAUUAACAGUGGAGGAUUUGAAAUACCUUUUUAUGGUGUGAAAAAUAGAGUUAUACAUUUUAAGCGAACAUUUAGGGAUUUUAAGUUUUCAGCAGCAUAGAUAUUACAUACAUAUAUAUGCUCUCAGCUGUCUGCUGCUGAGUAGUUUCAGCAUUGGUAACACCGGGAAGCCGUUUUAUUUUUUCCGCCGGGCACGGAGAUAGAUAGCUGCACAUAUGCUGAUGAAGAUGAUCCAUUCUUUAUCCAUUUUUUGGUGGGUCUAACAAUUUUUUUUUCUUUUUCACCCAUCACAUUGUUAGGAUCUGGAACACUAAUAGUGAAGAUACUGAGUUUGAUAGGUUAUCAUAUAUAGAAAAGGGUAUUUGUUUUAACAAAUCUUAAUUUUCCCCCAAUUGUAUAUAUUUGGAUAUUGGGUUGACUUUUUGAUUAAAUUGGAUACGUUUGUUUUUCUCA